UUACUGCUGGUUUUGCUCGUCUCUUGAUCUGAAACUUCCUUCAACGAUUCAGGCCAUGGCUUUGUAAGGCUUCAAUUCGGCUUCUUUCCGUCGAAUCGUCUUUGUUUUGCAGAGAAGAGAGCAGCAGGAAUAAACGCAUGUGGGAAAUCUACCGUGGACAAUCGGAUCCAUAGAAAAAGGAAAAAUGUCUCUCUUAACUGGUGCUGUUGAAGCUGCUUUCCAGGGAGCAGGAGCUAAGACUGGAUUAGAAAUAUGGUGUGUAGAUAACCUUCAGUUGGUACCUGUCCCAAAAUCUUCACAUGGGAAAUUUUUUUCUGGAAGCGCCUAUAUCAUUCUGAAUACAGUUUUACUGAAAAGUGGUCUUCAUCAACAUGAUAUACAUUACUGGUUGGGAAAUGAUGCAAAAGAGGCUGACUCAGCCUUGGUGUCAGAAAAAGCACUCGAGUUAGAUGCAGUCCUUGAGUCUCAUGCCGUCCAAUAUCGGGAAGCUCAAGGUCAAGAAACGGAGAAGUUCCUAUCAUACUUUAAACCCUGUAUCAUACCCAUCGAAGGUGUGUUUUCUUCAGGGGGGCAGUUCAACAGUGAAACCUACCAAGUCAGCUUGUUAGCAUGCAAGGGAGAUCAUGUCGUGCAUGUUAAAGAGGUGCCUUUUUCUAGGUCCUCCUUGAACCACAAUGAUGUAUUUAUACUCGAUACAGCAUCAAAAAUCUUCCUAUUUAGCGGUUGCAACUCAAGCACUCAAGAAAGAGCUAAAGCUUUAGAGGUUGUUCAGUAUAUCACAGAAAACAAGCACAAUGGGAAGUGUGAUGUGGCUACCAUAGAGGAUGGGAAAUUUGUUGCUGAUCCAGAUGUUGGAGAGUUCUGGAGUUUAUUUGGUGGCUAUGCUCCCAUUCCCCGGGACCUGCCUUCUACAAUUCAGAAACAUUCUGAAAUUCCUUCUGUGUACCUAUUCUGGAUAUCUGCUCAAGGAAAACUAUGUCAGAUUGGGACUGAUUCUGAUUUGUUAAAGAAAGAAAUGCUUAAUGCAGACAAGUGCUAUAUGUUGGACUGUGGUACUGAGAUUUUUGUUUGGAUGGGAAGAAGCACCACGAUCACUGAACGGAAGAAAUCCAUAUCAUCCAUAGAAGAUAUACUGAGUUCUCAGGGCAGGUCAAAAGGCACCCAUAUAACUUUCUUGACUGGAGGCUCAGAAACUGCUGCAUUUAGGUCAUAUUUUGAUGGCUGGCCUCAGACAGUAGAAAAUUUGUAUGAAGAAGGCCGGGAGAAAGUAGCAGCAAUUUUUAAGCAUCAUGGAUAUGAUGUAAAGGAACUUCCUGAUGAAGACUGGCAACCAUAUAUAAAUUGCAGUGGCACUCUAAAAGUUUGGCGAGUAAAUGGUAGUGAACUUUAUCUCAUUCCAACUGCAGAACAGAAUAAGCUUUUCACUGGAGACUGCUAUAUUGUGCAGUACAUAUAUCCCGGAGAUGAAAAAGAUGAGCUCUUAUUUUAUGCAUGGCUUGGUUGUAAUAGUGUGACAGAAGACAGAGUUGAAGCAAUAUCCCAUAUGAAUGCAAUGGUUGAUUCAACCAAGGGUGCCGCAGUGAUGGCUCAAGUCAUUGAGGGUGAGGAGCCAAUUCAAUUUUACUCAAUUUUCGAAACAUUGAUUGUCUUCAAGGGAGGAAUGAGCUCACGAUAUAAGUGCUUCAUAUCAGAAAAGGCAAUCACAGAUGAAACUUUUGGGGAACAAAAGGUAGCUCUUUUCCGCAUUCAAGGAUCGGGCCCUAAUAGCAUGCAAGCCAUUCAAGUUGAUCCAGUUCCAGGUUCACUUAACUCUUCCUAUUGUUACAUCUUGCAAACUGGAGAAUCUGUUUUCACCUGGACGGGGGGGAAUCUUUCCUCAGCAACUGACUAUGGGCUUCUUGACAGUAUUUUGGAUGCUAUAAAUCCCACAUGGCAACCUGUAUCAGUUAGGGAAGGCAGUGAACCUGAUGUUUUCUGGAAUGCAAUUGGUGGGAAGGCGGAGUAUCCAAGGGAAAAGGAGACCAAAAGAUAUGAAAAGGAUCCACAUUUGUUUACUUGUACCUCUACACAAGGUGAUUUCAAGGUAAAAGAGAUCUUCAACUUCAAUCAGGAUGAUUUAACUACUGAGGACAUAUUGGUACUGGACUGCUAUAGUGAAAUCUAUGUCUGGAUAGGGCGCCAUGCAAAUGUUAGAUCAAAACAAGAAGCUCUUACUCUAGGCAUGAAAUUCCUCGAGACGGACAUUCUUGUUGAAGGGCUAUCUUUGGAGACUCCUAUAUAUGUUGUCUCAGAAGGGUAUGAACCAUCUUUCUUCACGCGGUUCUUUGUAUGGGAUUCCUCAAAGACCCGUAUGCAUGGUAACUCAUUUGAGAGGAAGCUUGCAAUUUUGAAAGGACAGAAGCAAAAGAUGGAAUCACCUCAAAGAAGUAGUAGGAAAGCAAAUGAUACAUACUCCUCUGGAUCUCAUCCAGAACGUUCCCAAAGCAAAACUGUCAGUUCUGAAAGGCUUAGAAGAAGCGUAUCUCCCGCAACUCCUGUCUCAGGUUCAAAUUUUGAGGCAGCAAGGAACAACCAAUUUUCUAGCACAACUCCAAUAGCCAGGGAACUCUUUUCAACAACUUCUCCUGAUCACGAUACUGCUGAUGGGUCGUUAGUAUCUGUAGAAGUGGAAGAGCCAAGUUCCAUGGAGAAAGCAAGUCUCAUGAAGGUUGAUGGAACUGAAGUUGGUGAGGAAUUGGAAAGUUUCCCAUAUGAACAAUUAAAAGUGACGUCCAACAACCCAGUGACAGACAUAGAUGUGACUAAAAGAGAGGCAUAUCUGUCCCACGAAGAGUUUCAAGAGAAGUUUGGGAUGACAAAGAAAGCCUUCUAUGUGCUGCCUAAAUGGAAACAGGACAAGCAGAAAAAAUCCCUCCAUCUUUUUUAAGGGAAAUGACCUUGAUAAUGAAGGCAGACGGCCACAUUGAUGACAAACUUGUUGAUGGGGAUGAAUGGUUCUGUUUUUUCAUUUUCCUCAAGAGGAAAUUGAGACAAAAUUUUGCUAAGGUGCUGACAAGCCUUGGACGAUCUUUCAAGCUCUAGUAACUCCAGUAGCAAAGCAUGGCUUGCUAAGUCUCCAAAGAAAUAAGUCCCUAAAAUCACCCUAUGCUAUAUUCUGUGAGAAGCAUGGGGCAGCCUUGGACAUCCAAAUGCAAAGCUAAAAUAUUUUUGUUAGUCAUUAAUCAUUAUUUCUCUGUAAAAACAAAAGAAUAUUCAGAACAUGGUAAUCCUCAGAGAAUAAACAAUCUUUUUGCUAUUU